GGAUUCCCUUCAAUAGGAUCGAUCCACGUCAUUUAAAUCCGUGAUGUUCGGCGACUCAGCCUCCUCGACCACAACUUGCGUUGCUUCAAUCAUUCCUCUUUGGGGCCCAAGAUUUCUCAUCUACCGGCGCGAUUGAGUUGUGGGAUUACAGUCCUUUUCCAUACUUCUCGCCAUCCACUCUUGAGCCCAGUCGGCCAACAGAGGCAUCCAAUGGAUGAAGUCAAUGUCCGAGACGAAGGGUUUACAGUGCUCUCUGGAGGUGUGGAGCCUGUUGCCGACCUUGUAUUCGUCCAUGGCAUUCAGGGCCACCCAGAGAAUACAUGGACAUAUAGUGGGAAUGAAAUAGAACCCACUAGGCCUGGUCGCAGUUUAGCGAAGCUCUUCUCUCGGAAGAAGCAGUCCGAGGAGGUGGGCAGCAACGAAGCAUCGCAUCUUUUCUGGCCGAAGGACCUUCUCGCCAAAGAUUUCCCAAAUUCUCGAGUGCUGACGUACGGAUACGAUUCCCAAGUGUCAAAGUUCUUCAAGGGACCCGCCAAUCAGAGUGGUAUCCUUUCUCAUGGCGAAUCUCUCAUGCGUGCGCUUGAGGUUCAAAGACGAGGAUGUCGUCAACGGCCCAUCAUCUUUCUCGUGCAUAGUCUGGGUGGAAUUAUACUGAAGCAGGCCCUCUUUCGCUCUAGGAACUCAAUGGAAGAGGAUCAGGAUUUGCGCGAUAUAUACCAGUCAACACAUGCAAUCAUCUUCUUCGGUACGCCACAUCGCGGGAGCUCGUAUGCACAGAUGGGGGUAUUAGCAAGGGAUAUCGCCGUUGCAGCUGGAUUUGAUGCGAGAGAUACUCUCAUACGGUCACUCAAGCCUGACGCGGAAAUGUUAUCAUUGCUCAGGCAAGAGUUUGCACGAAUGCUGUAUGAUCGAGCCUUCAAGAUAUAUUCAUUCCAGGAAGGCCAGGGGUUUAAAGGCACUUAUUCCUUGUCCCGGAAGAUUGUUGACGAUGACUCCUCCCGGCUAGACGAUGCUAGGGAGGGAAGGGACUUCAUCAACGCUAACCACAUGAUGAUGUGCAGGUACCGUGACAAAAAUGAUGAAGGCUAUAACAAAGUGAAGGGUGUGGUGUCUAAAUAUAUGGAUGAGAUUCAGACCCAAGUUGCCAAAGAGCUAGACCAAGCCGCCAAAGAGCAAGCGAAGCUUGACCUAGAACGAAAGUUGCUUGUGAAGGAAAUAUGCCAGAGCCUCAGGACAGCUCGUAUGAAUGAGAGGGUUGGUGAAGUCACGACUGCACAUACUCACACUUUUGACUGGGUAUUCACAAAACCCCAAACCGGCUUUCUAGACUGGCUCCACAGCGACAGAAGUCUCUUUUGGAUCACAGGGAAACCAGGCUCCGGAAAGUCAACACUCAUGAAAUAUUUGCUCAAUGAUUCUCGCACUCGAGAGGCCCUCUCUAAGCAAGGCCGGCCGAUCCUUUCAACACCCGCAUUCUUCUUCCACGCCAGAGGCGUUGAGACCGAAAAGGCAUUUGAUGGUCUCUUGCGAUCAAUCAUCUUUCAAUUACUAUCAGACAUUCCUAGGCUAGUAGAUUCUGUUACUGAUAUCUACUGGUCGUGUUUGGAUGAAAACUCAAUCUGCCCCUGGACUAUCCCGCAACUAGAGAAGGCGUUGGAUAAUGUUCGUCAACAGCAGAUUGAAGGUUGUAUCUGUAUUUUUAUCGACGCUCUAGACGAGUAUUCCGGUCGUAGUGAGGAUAUUGCUCGCUUUGUAAAACGACUAGCCGCUCCAACGGACAAAUCUAAUGACCAGAAACUGAUUAUCCGGGUCUGCGCCUCUAGCCGACCCUGGAAUGCCUUCACUUCAUUACUGAGUGAAACUCCAAGUUUCACCAUCCAGGAUUGGACUAAAGAAGACAUUAGGAAAUUUGCCACCGAUAGACUCGAAGGAUGCAACCGAGACAACACUAGCUUCAUUGUGGACAAUAUCACCGACAGAGCAGAUGGUGUUUUCCUGUGGGUUGCACUCGUUCUGGACGAGCUCUGGCAACCAUUCUGUGACGGAAAACCGAUCGAAGAAGUGCACUCUUUACUUUCCGGCCUCCCAACUGACCUGCCAGAGUUUUAUAAGCGGAUGAUGGAGAACGUUUCCAAGGAAGACCGACCUAUUUUGAUGGGCAUGCUCGAACUUGUAUUGUGGUUUGAGUACGGAGCGGACGACGGAACAGACUUCCCUGCAUUUUGUCUUGCAGUGGAAUUAAUGCAAAGAAGUCCAUUAGCAACAAAAGAGGUCAGUUUAAAGGCUGCCGAUGAUGACAGACGACAGCGCGAAGUGGAAAGGCGAAUAAGAGCUUGUUCUGGUGGCCUCCUCGAGGUAACUCGACCUCAAGAACGAUCUCGUGUGCAGUUUGUGCAUCAAACCGUGAAGUCAUUCAUAGGAGAUGCACAAAACAGUUCCUUGUUAAACGGGAAAUCCACUCGGGACAUGGCAGUUGCUGGUAUAGAACGGAUGAUGAGACUUAUGAUUCUACUCAUUGCUCAGAUGGAUUCUACGCGAGGAUGGGAAGGGGUCAACCAGGAGGUAUGGGAUGGGUUUGUCGAACCAACUUGCCCAAAGAAGUUCCCACACUUUCAUUCCGCCGUCAUCUGCAAAUUCAUAAUCAGGGCUCUGCAACUUGGAUGCGUGUUUGAAACAGAAAGUCCUUCGAUAAUGCAUGACUUUCACGCGGCCAUUCGCACCCAAUGCGGAGGAGAUUGGCUUGAUACAUGGUGGAGCGCUGUCCCCUAUGGACAACCAACACUGGAAUCCCCAAACCUUACUGUUCAUGGUUCUCUGAAGCCAUCAUCGUUUCUGGAAUUCGCGACGCAGGUCGAAUUGAUUACUUUUAGUGAAAAGGAAAUCAGCCGCGAAAUAUCAAGGAACCCAGAAGUGCCUCGAAGCCCGAAGUUGUUGUUCUACAUGCUCAUUGGAAACGCGCGCUCGGAGUGGAAGUCACAGCCAUUCUUAUAUCACAGUCCAAAACAAUGGCAAGAUUUCGCACGGUUCUUGCUCAGGAGCGGCUUUGAUCCAAAUAUUGCGCUAGAAGUCGACGUGGGUCCCGACCGUCGGCAUCUUAUGAACAAUUUCUACAGAGACGACAGUGAGGCCGACGAUGACAGCGACGAGGAUAGCGACGAGAACAGCUUCGAAGAGAGUGGCGAGGAAGACACAAAUGAGGAUGGGGACGAAGAUGAAGAAGACAACAACAAGGACGAGAGCAUCAUUAUCUCCGAAGAUCAGGACCCGGACGCACCCGAAAAUCGACACCCGAUUACAGCAAUGCACCUGGCGCUGGCAAUAGCAUGUAGCUCUAGUCUGGACGUGGUAAUUUUGCAUCUAGAAAUGCUGGCUAUUCUCGUGGAAGGAGGUGGUAAUGCCAACGUGUUGAAUUACCGAAACUAUUGGAGCCAUCAGGAAGGCGAUGCCACUGAACGAUCUGCAAUUCAUUACUUGCUCUCAUCCCUUUACGAUGACGAUAAGGCCUUCCACCAUCCGGAAAAUGAAGUGAACUGUACACUUUCUCGUUGCAUUACUGCCUUCUUGAAUCACGGGGCAGAUCCCAACGCGGUCGACAGCAACAGACGCCUUGGCUGA